UCACGCGCCACGUAUACAAUUAUCCUGUGGCUUAGUUUUCAUAUCUUUUCUGUCGACAAAUUUACUUUUAAAUGUCGUUUUAAAGAGAUUUCUCAAGGGAAGGCGAUUUUGAUACGAUGUGGACAGCUCUCGGAAUGUACGCUCUAAAAGAGACCUGGAAAGAGAAGAAAAAACUGCGGAAGCUACGAAGGAAAAUUAAAGAAGGCAGUCUUCGACAAGUCAUCAUACCAAGUGAAUCCUUGUACACCAAUUCCAGCUACUUGCCAUCAUUCGACGAGGUCAAAGUCCAAGAAGAACUUUCCGAUUUUUACGAUCCUACGACGGACAAAUUCUCAAAAUAUGCCGAGUUUGAAUACUCCAUGGGCGGUAACCUGAAACUGUACGAGGACCAUAUAGCAAUCUCCAGCCCCAAAAGAAAAAUUAAGAAACCCUCGCUUAGUCCCUACAAGGCGGGACUGGAAUACGAACGAAGUAAACUUGAAUCGUCAACUGACUUAAACUCGGAUUUACAAAGUGAAAGUAUGGAUACACCGUUGAAAGGAGGGAAGGAUGCGAUCUUUUCGGAUGGACGUCGUUUUAACAAACAUGGCGAUGAUAUAGACUUCGGGACAUCGCGUUUAAGCACUAGUAUAGAGAAUCUUGAUAUCUCUGAUAUGUCUGGUAGAUUUUCCAGGAAAGAUGUGCAUGAUUCGGAUGGUUGUGAUGAUAUUAGUAUAAGACGUUUCCAUGGUAACAGCAACGACAGGGACUACUCACCGAUACGUCGCGAACAAACUAGAAGUUUAGAUCGACAGGGCGAUUUUAGCACAACCGAGUCAAAACACGACAUGGAAAGAGAUUUCUCUCCAGUUCAUAGCACUGAUCAAGUUCUCCUAGAAACAAAAGAAUACUACAAAGCAAAAUCAAGUUUGACAGCGAAAAGUAAAAAUCACGUGCUUGAGUCCGCGAGUAAAUCAGCCAGUGGUAAUAUAGUGUCUAACGCGCAUGAACAGACUAAACCUAACGAGGAUAUCAAUGUGUUGGAGAGUCUCAGUCGUUAUGAUUUAACCUUAAGUUACGUGAACCAACAGAAUAUGACCCUUCAGAAUGGCGAUUAUAACGGCGAUCUUGAUAUAGAUUUGUCAGAUCUUAGUUCGGAUGUAUUCACUGAUAGCGAGAUUCCUAUGACGAUACCUGAUGCAAAUGAAUGGUCGAGGAAUCGGCAAGCCAAGGAUUUUUACCCGGACUCGCCGACGUCGGAGUGCGCAUUCUUUAAGACACCAUGUAGCUCAAGAAAGAACAGUUUAGAUUCCUCUUUGUCUGAAGAGAGUUUGUCGGACAAGGAGCCAGAUAUCAGAGGGAAAAUACAAGUUCCUGUCCGGAAAUCCAUCGUAACAAAUGGGCACAAUGGCUACACUAAUGGAGUUUCGAAGGUCAAGACGAAAGGCGCGCUCAUUCUAAAUGGAAAGCCUAAAUCAUCAGUAACUCCUUCUCAGAAGCCGGUGAUAAAGAACGACAAAUCUAAAGUAGGAUCGACAGAAAAUAUGAAAUAUAAGCGAGGUGGUAAAGGAAAGAUCUCGACUAAAAAGAUCGACUAUGCAAGGGAUGUUAAAUCUAAAGUAGAUUCAUUCAGAAACAAAAACCAUGUACCUGGUGGAGGCAAUAAAAAGAUUACAAACGGUCGAAUAAAUAAUUAUAAACAUGUGGAAACUCGAACUGAUACCCACGGCGUCGAGGCUUACAGCAACUUGCCAGCGGAAUUCCAAGAGAUCGCACGCCGAUUGGCCAGACAAGACAAAGAUUUGCGUGACGUCACAGGUGGAGGUAGUCGCCCUCGUUCCAGACUUUCCAGCCGCUCAAGUCGUGGUGAAUCGCCCAGAGAACGGUCACCGACUAGGUCAGAUAAUUUGGCCAAGUAUUCUCGUCUAUCUGCGUCGUCAUCAAGCCUGGUUUCCGGGAAGUCUAAAAUGCGGCGUAACCCAAGUCUUCAUCCACGGCCAGUAACACCAAGUCUUAGCCGCUCACAUCCCGCUACGUCUUGCACGCUUUAUAAUUCAAGAUCAAGGCCUUCUUCACGCCAAGCAUCACGCUCAUCAUCACCCGUCAGGUCACGAAACUCCUCGCCAUCCAGAGGAAGGAGUUCGCGUCCUUCUUCUCCGACAAAUAAAAGAACGUCACGCAGUAACUCGCCAUCAAAUAGCAGAAAUCCACGAAGGUCGUCUGUUUCUGGCGGUUCUUCCGCUGGUGCUCGGUCCAAAACUCCAACACGAUCUUCCUCACGCUCUCGUCUUGACGAUACACGCCCCUCUACACCCGUGAUGGAUAUUUUUGCUCAUAGCACUUCUAGAUCCCUCUUUCAAGUUGUACCAGUAAACAGAUAGCAUUUACUAUAAGAAACUACAUAAUUUUUAUAUGUUUUGAUACUUUAUUAACUAUUAUCGACAAAAUAUUUUAUCGUAAAUUUAUAAAAUAAUCAUAUUACCAUAUGAUGUAUAACUUAUUUAUUGGAAUGACUGCAAUAAACCUUAGGAGUAAAAAACCAUUACUUCACAAUUAUAUAUUUGAAUAGUGAUAAAAUAUUUACAAGAAGAGUUUGCAACUCAGUUACCGAAAUCGUUAAACACAAAAUGUUUGGUGACGUUUUGCUUCGCUCAUUUCCCUGGGUCCCAAACACUCGUGUUGGUUUGAACAAUAGGUUCCACCACGCGUUGCCACAUAUCCAAGUGAUUGAGAUUGUUCAUGCGGGUAAAACAUCUUUAUUCUCAAGAGAGAAAAAUUGACAGCUCUGUGAAAUAGGUCUAUGUAUUAGAUGAAUAUUUUAAUUGGUUAUAUUCACGAUAGACAUUAUGAUGCUUUUCGCAUUGUAAUUAACAAUUAGCCCCGCUACCCCAAUGAGGGCGAAAGGUCUAACUGUUUUAGUAUAGACCUACUAAUAGGUUAAAUAAAUGAAUACGAAGUUGGAAUUGGCUUAAUAAUUAUAUAUUUUGUGUGAUUUUGCUUUUCAAAACCUUCACUUUUCGCUACUAGUGGUCUAUCACUACUAAACCACUAGUAGGUCAGCCAAUCAGAGCGCAGAAUUUGCGAUAGACCAUGAGUAGGUUUAUACUAAUGCAGAUUAGUCAUUAGUCACGUGAUUGCGUAAAGGAAACUCUUUCCAACAUUAAUUCAUUUAUUCAUAAAGAUGUGGACUAGAUAGAGUAAUUUUAUUUAACCCGUGAAAAAUAGUACGCUUAAUAGUUAGUAGCAGACUCUAAACGCAUUGUUUUCUUGUU